AGGUGCCCACAGCAAUCGUUUGUUGACGGUGGUAGCAGCGAAGUUGCAAGUAUGCGCUUGAGUGUUUAGAGGUCAUCAAAGCUACUAAGAACAGAAGCAAGUGUAGGGAGCUAUUUAUAGACAGCUAGAAGUAAUGUGUAAGGUAUAUCCUACGGCUUUACCGGUACCGGUCCACUUCCGGCCAGUUCUGUAUCUGAACUUGCAUUGGUGAGGACUGUGGUGUGAGGAUCGAGUGAGAUGCUGUUGCUUCUAGUCUUGUUGGCAAGUGUUCUCUGCUCGUCGUCCAUGGGAGCUGAGACAGAAAGCAGGAAUGAGACAGAAAGCAAGAACACGACAGAAAAGGCUUGUUGGACACCUUAUUAUGACAGGAACGUUCCAAAUUAUAGGGAUUGGGAUGAGAGAGAGUUACUGUAUAAUCACUUAGGAGAUGGUUACAGCUUGUGUGACAAUCCUCUGGACAUUCAGUGUGUCACACAAAAUGGUGUGUCGUAUACGGAUACCACAGAUAGAGAAGUUUCAUGCUCUAAAGAAAGGGGCCUGGAUUGCGACUCGUACUAUCAAUCAUCUCGACGCUGUCAAAACUACAAAGUUCGAUACUUGUGUCCAGGAAUGUGCAAACGGCACUGUGGUCGUUCUCUGUUUCUACCAUCAGGUCAGACCACCAUUGAGGCACCCAUUGGUAAAGCACCAGCCAGAUGUAAAUGGACCAUAAAGACUCUCCCACAUCAAUAUCUGAAGAUUAUAAUGAGCAAUAAUCAUCUAAUGAAGGGCAUGAAACUAACAGUUUAUGACGGUAAGGGCAAGGAAGCUACGCAGCUUCUUAAAGCAAGGGCAGGACAUUAUGAUGAUGGAGAAUACUUUUGGAAAGAAGUUGUUUUCAGUUCAACAAAGAUCGUACACGUGAGGUAUUCAGCUGCUCUUGGAGGUGAAACGUCAUGGAAACUUACAAUUGUUGUUUUGCCACCUGCUGUUCGUUUUUCUCCAUGCUCGUUUGACAAUAAUACGUGUGGUUGGCAAACUUCAAAAAUGCUGAAAAUAGGUCAAUGUGAUGACGAACGAAAUGAUGUGCCCAGAUGUGGCUCGCCAUCUGCAGGUGGACUGGCAUUUCUCACCAACCUACAUAGUGGAUAUCCUUCAGCUACACUAACUAGCCCUAUGUUCAAGGCAGUGCAGUCUAAAUGUCUCUCUUUACGGUUUCUAAUCUCAGGCCGUGACGGCAUCCAUCUACGUGUGUAUAUCAAGUUUUACAAUGACACGGUGUACUCUUCAGGCCACUGGCAACACACAGAGAACAAAUGGAGAAGAGGAUAUCUACAGGUGAUGAAUGAUGCAAGAUUUUAUGUUUUUAUUACCAUGGCAAUGCGAGUCAAGACCAGUGAGUUUGAAAGGCAUGAUAUGGUUGCAAUAGAUGACAUUCGGUUGGAGAAAUGUGUUCAUGACAUUCCAUGCAUUUAUAUGGAUGGUGGAGAGAUGGACUGUCCAUUGACAUACAAACCAGGGCAUGGAGAAUGGUUAAGAGUGUCGUUAACUUCACAGAAGCGGCUGCCCCCAGUCCUUCCAAUAAAAUCUUUCAAUUGGACCAGUAUGGGUUGCUGGCAACCGUCCAUGUGUGUUUUGCCACUGAUUAGUCUAGAGGAUAACGUUGAUAUUUUGCAAGAUUAUUCAUUGGUUCGGUCAGAUCCUGUAGGCAAGUGUGCAGUGGCAGCAUAUGCAGCAGGUCAUACAGCAUUUGCAGUACAACGUCAAGGUCAGUGCCAUGGUUUGAAUGACUAUGAGCUGAUGCAAGGAUUUAAGAAAGUCGACGGAGACUGCAACAGGGAUCUUGUAGCUGACGGGUCAUAUGAAGUCUUCAACAUUACAAGAGUUAAUGGACACUCUCGUCCUACUUUUGAAACAACAGAAGAUGAUGUUUUUGUGUUUCAGCAAACAGACAACGUUCUUGAGUAUAUUCGUCGUUCUUCUGUUUCGUUUAAAGUGGUGCCUCCUCGUGGGAAAGCUAAGGAACCAUCGUGCAUAUAUUUUCGUUACAAAACGUCCUUCAAGGAUGCCAGGGUUGAGGCAGUAAACUACAAAUACAAUGUCAAUAAGUCAAGAGCAACAACAGUGUGGCAGAUGCCUCAGUUGGAACACAAACGAUCCCCAAUUUGGAGGAGUGCAGCUGUUAUGCUUCCAACAAAUGAAACUGACCUGGCAGCAGAGCGGGUAAGGAUUAGACCAUUUGAAACACCACGAAAGGGCUACUUUAGGAUCAUGGAUCUUGUGGCAGCUUAUCCAUGCAGCACAGAACCUCAAAACUGUUCAUUUGAUGAUAGCAACUGUGGAUGGCGUAGCUCGAGCUCAAUCUACACAUCCCAUUCUAUUUCAGGUUUUAGCUGGCAAAGAGGUUACACUAACAAUAGAGGACUUCAUACAGUUGGUACUGUGUCUAUUAAAUACACUCGGUACUAUCGGUCAAAUGUUCAUCAAAAGAAAGACUUUGUUGUGUUGUGGCAUCCUACAAUAUUUAGUAAAGGCCAUCGUUGUUUGGCAUUUCACUACAUAAUGGAAUCGUCAAUGCAGAAACAUGCUGGAUGGGGGUUUUCGGCUAGAGUGUUUGCUAAUGAAAAGAUUUAUUCAGAGGUGGUUCCAACUAAUGCCAGUGGAAAAUGGGAGCUGGGGUUGCUACAGUUGCCACGACAAAGAAAUACUCUAAUGAAGAUUGAAUUUUUGGCUUGCAAAGAGUGCUCUGUUGCUUUGGAUGAUUUUGUGUUUACAUACAAGCCGUGCAGUGCAGACAAAAACGAGUGUGGCUGCUCUAGUCCACCAUGUGGGCACAUUUGUAUCAAUACAUUUGGCGGUCACUUGUGUCGCUGCAGACAAGGCUAUGAACUGCAUUCAGAUAACAAGACUUGUAUUCCGGUUUGCAACAGUAAUCAGUGUCUGUAUGGCAAGUGUGUGGCUCCUAACGUUUGUGAAUGCUUUAGUGGAUUUACAGGGUCCAACUGCCAACUGUCAUGUGGACCAUUGUAUCUUACAAAUGAGACUGGAGCUAUCAUAAGUCCAACAUUGUCUAUGAGCAGAUACAGAUAUUAUGGUCUAAUACAAUGCAACUGGACAAUCAGAGCACCGGCUGGACAUGUGGUGGCUCUAGAUGCCGGGGAACCUCACUGGCAUAGUCGAUUUGGAUGUGAUAGAGAAUACUUGAGAAUAAAGAAUCGAAAGGAUGAAAGUAGAGCAAGAGUUGCCAAAUUAUGUUACAGAUCUGGUAGUGUUAGACGAUUCAUAUCAACUACUAAUAAACUUUUUGUCUCCUAUUCUUCUUCUGGAUAUUCUUAUGGGACCACAUUCAGACUAAGAUAUGAAAUGCACAAAAAGACAGAUUGCCUAAAGAACUGCAACAAUCUACUGUGGUGGCAGAAAUGCUGCCAUGGAUUUUUGGUUGCUGUUCCGAAUGUAUUUCGCCAGGGGGCGAAGACAACCAUCGAUGUAUCUUUACCAAAAAUGGAAUAUGCUGUAUUUGUGGUGGGAGAGCUAGUAAAAGCAGGCAAGACAGUGUUGGGACCAGUUGAAACUUUAAUCAGUAACCAUGGAAGCUUAACAUUGCAGAUACCUGAUGAUCUUCCAAUUGGCGAAUACCAGUUUAAUGUAACUGCAAUGAAUGGUGACAGGAUUGAAUUUAGACGGAGCACUGAAGUGGCUGUGGCAAGUCGUGGUCCCACUGUUCUUGUACAGACAGACAAACCGGUCUACAAGCCAGGACAAACAGUGAGAAUGAGGAUUGUCUCAAUGGAUUAUAACUUGAAACCGUAUGAUGGAAAUCUGUCAGUUAUUAUCUCGGAUGGAAAGGGAACAAAGAUAUUGCAAUGGGAAGACCUGCUAGUGACGAAUGGUGUCAUUCAUCGUUCAUUGAUGUUGUCGUCACAGCCUGUAACAGGAAAGUGGAAAAUUAUAGUGUCGACUCUUCCUGCACAGGAGUCCAUUGUUCAAGUGGCAUGCUUUGAAGUGAAAGAAUAUGUUUUGCCAAAAUUUGAAAUUAACCUGUUUGCACCAUCGUAUAUACUGAGAAACGUUCCAGAGAAUAUCUCAGUCGCUGUCUCUUCAAGAUAUUCAUAUGGGAAACUUGUCAAAGGCAAAGUGUGUGUAAAUGUCACGACUGUUCAUUUAUCUCACUUCUCCAACUACUAUAAACCAUCUACACAGUCCGUUUGCAAAGAAAGUAACGGUCUCAUUACUUUUGUUUUUGACUCGACUUCCUUCUUGAGUAAAUGGUCACGGAUUUCUUACUCACUGAGACCUCAGUCUGUUAAAGUGCAAGCUACUGUGACGGAACAAGGCACUGGAGUGAUGGACAUCAGCACUGAGAUAAUUCCAUUUGCAAACCAUCAGUACAUUCUCAGUUUUAAACCGGGGACAGAAGACUUCUACAAGCCAGGACUGCCAUUCAAGGCUCAAAUAUCAGUUGCCUCUCCAGACAAGCGAGCUGCUGUUGGUCUGCUGCAGGUCAAAGUCGAUGUGAAAGAUGGGUGGAGACAGUUGUAUUCAUUUGAUGCAGAAGUGGAGAAUGGUUUUGUGGAGUUUGACAUAUUCCACUCAAGAAAUCACUUUUCAUCUCGUUUGUCAAUUCAUGCCGAAAUUCCUGGAAAGAGUUUACGUGUUAAUCAUUACUCAAACCCUCGUCCUGCUGCUGGUGAUCACUAUAUGACAAUAAUGCCAAACAUAAGUACUUUGCAAUCUGGCAUUCCUACUUUUGUGUUUAUUAAGACAACGGCAGAAGUGCGAAGCACUCUGUUUGCUAUGGCAGUUUCCAGAGCUCGUAUUCUCAACUCAUGGACAGUCAACAUUGAAACAACUCCAUCUUCCACCUAUGAUGGCGUUCAUGAAUUCACUUUGCCUCUUACCCCUUUGUGUUCAUGGGCACCAAGAUUUGAUUUGGUGUUAUAUUAUGUAGCCGAAGGAUAUCUAGUUGUUGCUGACACUAUCAGCAUGAGAGUCCAGCAAUGCUUUGAGCACAAAGUUACUAUGACAUUUAACAGGAAUGAGUCUCGUCCUGGAGAAGAUGUUGGUUUGCUGAUUCAAUCAGCUCCUCAUUCUCAUGUGAGCUUAACUGCAGUGGACAAGAGUGUUUACUUGCUGGACUCAAAUUGCGGCAGCCAGAUUUCAGCUGAUAAGGUUCUCAGUGAACUUACCAAAUAUGAAACUGGCUCCAAAUUUGAGGCAUCCGUUGAAGACCAAGAAGCUGACGGAUCUGGAUCUGGCAUUUUGUCCAAUCAGAACCAACGUGACUGGUGGAGAUCAUGGUGGGACUUGAGAAAAGUUCCGUAUUACUUUAAGUCUGCAGGCAUUUCAGUACUUAGUGACUAUCAGUUUGUUCAGAAAAAGGAUGGCCAACGUUUGAGACGAGAGUUUGAAUCUGAUGCAGCUUCUGGCCGUGGUGGCGAGCUAUCUAAAUUGAAUCCUACAGGGGAUGACACUGAUGAUGAAGAGGAAAUUGAUCAGUUUGUGAGCGUUGAACGUGUUCGUUCUUACUUUCCAGAGGCUUGGUUGUGGGAAGACCAACAAUCAGAUGAGAAUGGCCACGUUCACUUGAACUUAACAGUUCCUGACACCAUCACUACUUGGAUUGCCGAUGCAUUUGUUAUGUCACAUACAGCAUCGUUUGGGAUGACUGCUGUUCCUUCCAGUCUUGUUGCAUUUAAGCCAUUCUUUAUCUCACUUAGUUUGCCUUACUCUGUAAUAAGAAAAGAAGAAGUCGAAAUCAUAGCAACAGUCUUCAAUUAUUACUUUGAAGAUUUAAAGGUGGUUAUGGAGUUAGACCUCACUACUGGAGGCUUUGAUUUUGUGAGUGAUUCAGCUGCAAGCAAAGUGCCCUUAAUGGUUCCUGCACAGAACAGUCGAACUGCUCGAUUUCCAAUUGUGCCUCGGCAACUCGGUCAUAUUCCUUUGAAAGUUACUGCACACUCAAGAGUAGAAUCAGACUCAGUCAUUAGGAUGUUGUUGGUUGAGCCCGAAGGAAUUAAACAAAUGUAUUCAAGAAGUUUGCUUAUUAUUGAAGAAGGAAACGAAACGAUGAGUUUAGAGCUACCUGACGUCAUUGUUGUUAAUUCAACUCAUGGAGUCAUCUCAUUAUCUGCUGAUGUUAUUGGUCCUGCUAUCGACUCAAUUGGCUCAACAUUGCGAAUGCCAUACGGAUGUGGUGAACAGAAUAUGAUCAAUUUUGCUCCAGCAGUGUUGAUCAAACGCUAUCUUAUCACUGUAAACAAGCUGACACCAAAAGUUGAUGCUAAAGCAUCUCGCUAUAUGAAUAUUGGAUACCAAAAGGAAUUGACUUAUCAGAGGUCUGACGGAUCAUAUGCUGUUUGGGGUGAUCGAAGUUCGUCUGGCAGCACUUGUUUGACAGGAUUUGUGUCACGAGUCUUUGCUCAGGCCAAACCGCUGAUGUACAUUGAUGACAACUCUCUCUCUCAGAGUGUCUGCUGGUUGGUUCGUCAACAGAGGGAAGAAGGACACUUUACAGAGCCUGGUAGCUGUUACCAUUUGGGGUGUGGCAGAUAUGAUAUGGAUACCACACUUACAUCCUACACUCUCAUCACACUUUUGGAAGUUUCUAAAGUUCAGACCAUUCGUUGCGGCUUAGAUGAAGAUGCUGUGAGGUUUGCUACUGCCAAAGCGUUGGCCUACUUAGAGAACAGAAACAGCAGUGAAAUGAAUAGUUACGUUUUGGCUAUGACCACUUAUGCACUGAGCCUUGCACAAAGCAAGCAUUCUGCCAAUUUUCUAAGUGAACUAAGCAAAAGGGUACAAGGAAACGACAAGAUGCAUUUCUGGACCUGUGGAGAUCCAUAUUGCUAUGGCUGGAGGUCGAGAUACUGUCGACAUAGGCAAGGAACUGUGGAAGCUACUGCAUAUGCAAUGUUGGCAUACUUGGAGAUGGGACAGUUGGCAGAUGCUCGACUCAUCGAGACUUGGUUGGUGUCACAAAUGGACAGUAAAGGAGGCUACAGAUCGACUCAAGACAGUGUGAUUGCACUCAUGGCUUUGUCUGAUCUGAAACAGCGAUUGGGUUGGCAGGCUGUAGAUCUGACAAUUAGAGCAUCUGAUGCGUCUGGCUUUAAUCACGUGUUUGCGUUCACAACAGAGAACAAGCUGAUUACUCAAUCAGUUGAGAUUGACAUUCCAACUGUAAUUCAUUUCACUGUUGAAGGUGUUGGCAAUAUUUUACUUCAAGCCGAAGUGACAUACAACAUACCAGAAGUGGAUCCCGAUGAUUCUUUCUCUAUUAAUGUUACGGCGGCUUUACCUAAUGCGACUAAAGCUACAGUGUCUCCAUCUGUUUCAUCGGCACAACCAACAGGCCAUUCUCUGUCUCCUUUAGUGAUGGUCACAUCGAGGCAGUCGUCUCCAAUUCCAACUAAAUCUACUAUUUCUACUACUAGUGCAUCAAGUAAUACAACUACUGAACAUGUGUUAUCAACAGGACCAACAAGACAAACAGUUGCACCUAUCAACAAUUUUGUGCUGGAAAAUAACAAUCAGGUGCAAUUAGAGGUUUGCUCAAGCUGGCAGAGGACUGAUACCGAAUCCAGCAUGGCUAUUGUGGAAGUUGGAUUGCUGUCUGGUUUUGAAGCCAAUCAGAACGAACUAAGCAACUUGGUUGAAAACAAUAACAUAGAACUUCAACGUUUCGAGACUGAGGGCAGGAAGGUAGUGCUAUACUUUGACCAGGUGAAGAAAGACUCUCCUGCUUGUUUCACAAUGAUUCAAGAACGGACUCAUUGUGUGGCCAACAUUCAGCCAGCAUUCAUUCAAGCUUAUUCCUACUACGAACCAGAUUAUCAGACUACAACGUCGUAUCAACCACCAUCUGCGUUGUCUGGUGGUCUGGAUAUGUGCACGUUAGGCAAAGAGAUACAAGAGGAAGGGGCUGUUUCGGACGUUACAGAUGAGAGUCCUUCUACUGUGUUUGUUACUUCAGGAGGAGACCAAAGUGAUUCAGAGUCUCUGAUGGAUGCUAUGUGAGAACUUAACAAUCAAGUUUUCUUGUUUGUUCUACGGCACUGACUUCAUUUGGAAGGUUUUUGCUGGAUUUUGCUGCUUUUGUUUUCUUGCAUUUGGUGUGCUGCUUUUGCCUUGAACUCGUCGAAUGUCUUUGUUGCUGAUACUCAUGAUAAACAGUGAGACCUGUGGAAUA